UUAAGGGAUAAUCUACAUUGUUAUGAGAUCUUUAUAACCAUGUAGUUAUAACCAUGCUGAGGUUUUUGUCAGGGAAAAUGCUCAGUAAGGAAUGUAGUGCUUUAUGAAAAGUGGGGAAUAUCAUCUUCAUGAACUCACUGUAAGCUAGGUACAAUUGGUUGAAAACCUGAAUUUGUUUAAUGACUUUGAAUCACUGUUGAUACUGAUUUUUUUCAUAUUGACAGACACUUGGAAAAAUCAGAAUUUAGAUGAAAGUAUUAGAAAAAAUGAAGUUAAGUUAGUAGACAUACACACAAUACUAAACUUAGGAAAAAUCUAGUAUGCUGCUAUGCACCUAUUUCAGAUUAAAAGAUCUGUGAUGUUAUACUUUAGUUUAGAUUUUGCCUUGGCAGUGCUGGAUCAGUUUGCUGGCUCCUUCACACGCUGUGUUGUUAGUCUUCUGUUAUAUUGGAAGAUGCUUUGUUGUUAUCUAUGUUUCUUCAUGCUGGAACAUUGAUAGGUUUGGAUGCAUGUGCAUGGCCUGCAAAAGAAAAGCAAAGACUACAAUAGUUCUGUCAUGAUUCCAUUCAAGUAUUUCCUUCUCAAAUGAGAACAUUAUCUUCACUAACCACAUCUCUUCCAUCUCCUCUGUUGUUCCUUUUCCAGAUCUGCCUUCACUUUUUCUAUUUGUUCCUACUUCUCUUUCCUUUUCCGUUUCUGCUCUUGUUCCUCUUCCUCCUCUUCACUUCUAAUGUCACCUUUCUGCCUUUUCUGUUCUCUUUCCUGUGCAGAUUUCUCAUUUUGGCAUUUUUCAGGAGGAAUCAGAACGGGAAUAUAAUUAAUAAUGAACUUAAAGUUGACAUUCAGUGAAUGAUUAUUAUUAACUGAGAUUUAACAUUUUUGAAACAUAUAUGCUUUAUGUACUUAUUAAAUUUUGUGGGGCUUUUCCUCUUGCUGUAGCCAACGAUGCCUGUUUUCUCUAUAUAACAUGUUUUACUAUUUUUUUCUUCCACUAGAUACUUGCCUUUGUGAUACUUGAUUACUCUUACAUUGAUUUCCUAGUAUUUAGUGUCCAAAUAUGUUGCUUCUUAAGCUGUAUUCUUGAACCUCUGCCAAGUUUGUGUUUUUCCCUGUAUUCUUUCUAAAUGUUUUUAAAGCUGUAACAGAUGAGUGGGCAGACACAGGGGUUUCAGUCACAGAAAAGAGGAUGCUGAGGAAACAGGUAUGGUCUAAAAAAUCAUAAAACUCUGGUAGCUGCACGGUCAUCUACAGAAUCAUCACAGAGGUGAAACGGGAAGGCUUCGGGCAGACCGUAUUUCUCCAGUUGUAAACCAGGACUGAGGGAAAUGCCAUAUCUGCCUGCGUGGAUGAUGCACAGAUAAAUAAAAAACCAAUACAAAGCCUGUUGCUAGUGAGGGUUAAUGAGUGUGGGGGUGACUUGAGAUUGGCUACACCUGUGCUUGGGGUGAAAAACGAGCGGGGGCUGCUGGAGAGCUCAGUCUGGCGUGGGGCGGCCCCGGGGCAGGUCCUGUGCGGAGCGGUGCCGCCCUGGGAGGCUGUGGGAUCAGCCCCGGGCCGGGAGAGCCCCUCGUACUGCCCCUCUGAGGGGGAGCCUCGGGACAGGGUGUGCUGUGAGGGAGCUGAGGGCUGGGAAAGUACCUGCGAGGCGAAGGAGCCCGGCUCUCCCUCCGUGCUGGGCAAGGCGCCCUGAGGGGGCACCAGCCCUGCUGUGGCGGUGGAGGCCGGCGGUGGAGCUGCCCUGCUGCAGUGGCCGUAGCCAGAAAGGACACACUGGGUAAGUCUUUGCUGUCUUUUAUAUCCUCACUGCAUGGGAGUUUGUUCAGCACAUGCCCCUGCCCACACCGGCAAGCCCCGUUCCUCCUGUCCAGGCUCCCUGCUCCCGCCCGCUGCCGUGUGGGAGGUGCGGCUGCGGUGGCUGUGGGCGGCAAUUGGCCUGAGCCGGGGAGGACUGGAAUGGCAUGGAUACUGUGGUGAUUGUUCCUUCAGAGAACAAAUGUUUCUGUCUAGGGGUAAAUCUGGUCUUUCUGUCAAUGUGUUUAUGUUUAUGUCAUAUUUUUGUGGUGCGGGGAAAGUGUCAGAACAAACUAUAAAUAGAAUCAAAGUGCUGUGUUUCAUGUAAAUCUCAUUCUAGGUACAGGAAUUUUCUCUAUGAUGUAACUUAAAAUCAAAACUCAUAAUCUUGGUCUUUCUGCCCCUCUUCUGUUUCCUGCUCCCCUUAAAUUAAUCGAAGAUACCAAGAAUCUUACUUUGAAUCUUCAUUUGUUACGGUCAGAAGAGGUGCAUCAAAUGUGUCAUCAGGACUGUAGUGAACUCCAGACAGAAAAACUGGGGGGGAAAUAUUAAGACUUUGGUGCAGGCAACUGUUAACAUAUUACAGAUGAUCUUGUCCUAAUCGACAGUACUGCUGCCUUGACCACUCUCCUGAAGGCUGAUGCUCUUGGCUGGCUGGAUUAAAUGCUCACAGUUAACUUGACCUCUGUGUGGACGAAUGGUGGAAGGCCAUGAUAUCCAGCAGAGAGAAGCUGUGAUGUGAUACAGGUGUCUUUGAAUCCUGCAGGAACUGAGUGGCUUCUUGCGGCGAAAUAAGAGCAUGGAAAGCAUUGAACAGCUGCCCGCGGUGCAAUGUGGCCGAGAUCCCUGGACAAACACACAGGAAGGCAAACGGUGAAGACAGCAAUGUCUCACCUCAGGGGACUGGGAAAAGUAUGGUGAUGUCUGGGCACAGAGAACCCCCAUCAGUUGGACUCUCCUCUGAAGCACGGGUGAAAGAAGAGGCCACAUAAGCGUUGUUUGCGGGGAAAUCUGCUCUGAUGAACGAAGAGCUCUGAAUGGCAAGUUUGCUUGUCCUGGAAGGAUGCUUUACCAGCCACACUCUUACUACUCACGGGCACAUAAGACUUGAAAAUGCAUCUGCUGUGGGCUUAUAUCGUGGCUACUGGUUUAUGAUGUCCCAGAGCUAAGAAAAGGAUAGCUGAAACUAAGCAGACUAGUACUUGAACACAGGUAUAUUUUACUCACCAUCCAGAUCUUCUCCAGCUGUUCACGAGUACCAGAAGUUCCUGCAAAUAUUGGCUGACCAUGGAUCAUUUCAACAAAUAUACAGCCUGCACUCCUGCAAGAAAUCCAAGUUUGUGAAAAUUAUAUUGUUCCUUUUGAAAGAGGAACGAUUUGGUGGUGAUGGAGUGCUGCCACUGACAGAUGGACUCACAGGAAAGAAGCUCAGAAGAGGCAGAAGGAGCCAAAGAGAGAGGCCUGGUCUAUGUCUGGAAGGCUGGUUCCUGCUCUGUAACUCCAGAAAGGCUUCUAGGACUCAGUGGCAAGACUGUAUUACAGGCAGCCCUUGGAAUACAUCAUGGAUUACUUCUAACAGAAGGUGGAGAGGUCUACAGUUUUGGAAAGCUGCCCUGGAGAUCAGGACUGGAAGAGUCAUGUGUUAAUAGUCCUAUCUUAGAAAAUACUUUGCUUGGACAUCGUGUUAUUACAGUGGCAGCUGGCAGCUUCCAUAACGGAGCCGUGACAGAAAGUGGUGUGGUGUACAUGUGGGGCAACAAUUCUGCUGGCCAGUGUGCAGUUGCUAAUCAGCCGUGUGUGCCAGAGCCACAGCUCGUCAGUAUUUGUGAUUCUGAAACAAGUCCUCUGAUAUCAGUAAGGAUUUUGCAGCUGGCAUGUGGAGAGGAGCACACACUGGCACUAUCUCUAAGCAGAGAGAUAUGGGCUUGGGGGAGUGGCUGCCAGCUCGGGCUCAUAACAACAACUUUCCCAGUGACAAAGCCACAGAAGGUGGAGCACCUGGCAGGACGCGUUGUGCUCCAGAUUGCUUGUGGAGCCCACCACAGCCUGGCUCUAGUACAAUGUCUCCCUGUGCAGGAAAUGAAGCCUAUCCCAGAAAGAUGCAAUCAUUGCAGUCAGCCUCUUAUUACCAUGACGGACAAGGAAGACCAUGUAAUCAUUUCAGAUAGUCACUGCUGCCCACUGGGUGUAGCACUGUCUGAUAACCCACCAGAAAACCAUGUCUUGUGUCCCUCAUCGGAGACCCUCGAGGGAAAAAGUGUAACAGGUGGCCCAAGUGACGACAGUCAGAAACCACCUGUGGAAGAACAGAGGCUUGUUGGUUUAGAGUCUGAUGGGCCAAGUGUGCUUUCCAGCAACGAUGGACAGGAAGGUAGUGGAAUUUCUAGUCCUGGAAAUAUUCUGUUCCCAGACAAAAAAGAGGUGAAAGAGUACUUAAUUGGUUUGUCAGAUCACUCAUUAAAUGAGAACCUGGAUAAAAACAUCUGUACAGAACCUGAACAGCCUUCUCAAGAAGACCAACUCAGUGCUUGUAUCCCUGGCCCUCCAGGUCCCAGCACAUCCACCCUGAACAGCCUGGUGGCCUCUUGUGCCUCAGCAGUGGGUGUGAGAGUAGCUGCCACGUACGAGGCUGGAGCUCUGUCUCUGAAGAAAGUCAUGAACUUCUACGGCACAUCCUCAAGUGAACCUGGAUCUCAGUCAGGCAGCAGGUCCCCAGGGCCUGAGGCUCUGAGAGACAGUCGAGAAGAGCAGGUCAGACUGGAAUCCAUGCAGGGGAAGAAGAGUUCCAGUUUAGUGGAUAUUAGAGAAGAGGAAUCUGAAGGAGGGAGUCGCAGGCUUUCCCUGCCUGGCUUGUUGUCACAAGUUUCUCCAAGGCUCUUACGGAAGGUGGGACGGGCAAAAAUGAGGACUGUGGCUCUCACUCCAACCUACAGCGGUGAGGCUGAUGCUCUUUUGCCAUCUCUGAGGACAGAGGUGUGGAGCUGGGGAAAGGGGAAGGAAGGACAGCUGGGGCAUGGUGAUGUUCUGCCAAGGCUUCAGCCACUGUGUGUGAAAAGCCUUGAUGGUAAAGAAGUGAUUCACCUCUCUGCUGGUGGCCAUCAUUCCUUAGCACUCACUGCCAAAUCCCAGGUGUAUUCAUGGGGCAGUAAUGUCUCUGGCCAGCUUGGUCACUUGAACUCCCCAACAACAGUCCCUCGUCUUGCAAAGGUGUGCGGUGAUGGUGUUUGGAGUACAGCAGCAGGACUAGAUUAUUCCCUCUUCUUAGCAGAUGAGAAAGACUUCCAACCUGGAUUAUAUUACAGUGGCCAGGAGACAAUAGAAAAUAAUUUGAAUGAAAAUAGCUGUACUAAGAGUCCAGUUUUAUUACUAGCCUGUAGUAAGAUAGGGUACAUAAGCAAUGUGAUAGCUGGUGGUGACAACUGUUUGGUCUUAGUAGACAAGAAUGUAAUGGGAUAUAUUGCCAGUUUGCACGAGUUGGCUUCUACUGAGAGAAGGUUUUAUUUCAAACUGAGUGAGAUCAAAUCUCAGGUUCUUAGACCUCUUUUAGGUUUAGAUAACUUGGGCAAUGCAAAUACAAUCCAGUUGUUGCAGGAAAUGGCAAGCAGGUUCAGCAAGCUGUGCUAUCUCAUUGGUCAACAUGGAGCUUCUUUAAGUAGCUUUCUUCAUGGCGUGAAAGAAGCCAGGAGCUUGGCCAUCCUGAAGCAUUCCAGUCUCUUUUUGGAUAGUUACACUGAGUAUUGUACUUCAGUAACAAACUUCCUCGUAAUGGGAGGAUUUAUGCUCCUUGCAAAGCCAGCAAUAGACUUCUUGAGUAAAAACCACGAGCUAUUACAGAAACUUUCUGAAAAAAAUGAGGAAAACCUCCAGCUACUGGAAGUUUUGAAUGCUCUGUUUUUCAUGCCAUUUGGACGACUUCAUAAUUAUGCCAGAACUUUGCUAAAGCUUGCCACAUGUUUUGAAGUGGCAUCUCCAGAAUACCAGAAGCUACAGGAUUCUAGUUCGUGUUACGAGAGCCUUGCUGUCCAACUUAGUAGAAAAAUAAAAGAAGCAGAAUACACACUUGGCUUCUGGAAGACCUUUCCUGGGAAAAUGACGGAUUCCUUGCGGAAGCCAGAGCGUCGUUUAAUCUGUGAAAGCAGCAACCGGGGUUUGUCUCUACAGCACGCUGGAAGAUUCUCUGUAAACUGGUUUAUCCUCUUUAAUGAUGCUUUGGUACAUGCUCAGUUCUCAACCCACCAUAUUUUUCCCUUGUCCACACUGUGGGUAGAAGCUCUUUCAGAAGAAGCUGGUAAUGUGAUGGAAUUUCACAGAUUAAAAUACUUUCCCCCCAUGUAGGAACGGAUUGAAGAUUACAACACCAGAAGAACAGUUUGUUCUUGUUUCUUC